GUUUUCAAGAUACUGAUCAUUUAGUGUACUCUAUUGUAGUCAUUCACAACUACCAGCAUGGUGAAUUUUUAGUUAGCAAUGAAGAUGAAGCUAUGUGGAUAGAAGAAGAUACAAUAUCUGAGGAUGCAUUGCAAUUAUUAUUUCAGAAAGCAAAAAACAUUCGUACAAUUCGAAAUCAUCAAGUAUAUAUUAUUAACUGGAGACUUGGAAACCUAAUUGGACAAAUAAUGAGUAAAGUCUUAUAUUAA